CUGCUGCUGUCUAAUUCAUACCGGAACGGAAACCGACGCCGGACGGAAAAGAACAACAAAUAAUGCCGUACAAAUCGGGAAGCGAAGUGUGGUUCCUAUACCGGGUCAUUUUUUUCGCUGGUUCGCGCUGCGGUGUCGUUUUGUACCAAAGCAGUUAGGCGGUGGCCUGAACACGCAUGGGUGCUUCGUUGGUGGUCUGUUUUAUGCGCGAUACUUCGGAACCCAAUUGCCUCACGAUCUCCAAGCUCAAGAUGAACGUCGCCGCGAUAGAUAACGGUCAUCUUAGAACGGCGUUGCCAAACUUCCCGUAACCACCGGCCAGUGGCGGCGCGUCAUCAUGGGUAACCUCCAAACGACCGACGGCCGUUCCCAAAAGGGGGUCAAGGGCGCCAAAUCGAAACUCAAAUUGCUGGGAGGCAAAAAGGGGUCCAAACCGGAAGAAUGGACGGGCGUGGUGCCCGGAACCCCGGACCAAACCCCUCAAGUCACCCCCGAAGUGCUCAACGACAACCUGGAUCCGGAUUUCGCGAAGGUCAGGGCCGUCCCCGAAGAUGUACCGGACGGGCUCGAGAUUCGACACACUCCGAGCGCCGUUUCGAGUUCGGAAUCGAACUUCACGCUGGCCCUGAGUCCCGCGGGAUUCACACGAGAAAUGAACGAGGCGGCCCCCGACGUUUCGACCGUCCACCGUCAGGAAGUAUUUCAGCCGCUUAAUAACUUCAAGCUCAACGAAUAUAGCGCAAGGAGGGACCAACGCUUGUUACAGGAGACGAUAUCCAAACUGGGUGUCUCGCGCACAUCCCAGAUAAGUUUAGAUGGCGACGGUACGGCAUUUUGCAGCGAGUCGGUCGAAUGCUUAGAGUCGAACAGGACCGAGAACAGCGGCAUUGAGGCCGACCAAACCGACUGCGGCACCGUCAAGAAGAAAAACGUGGCCAGGGAGGUGUUCGAGAACCAAAUCCACAAUGGCGACGUGCCCGGUCGUCCCCCGGAGUACCGGAGGCACAUGUCCGUGCCCGUCGACCCGGAGCGUCACGCCGUCGAAGGCCUGGUGCUCCAGAAGGUGACGUCACUGACGCUCAGCAACUUGGAGGGCCACCUGCAGCGGCCCAAGUUCGUCCCCGAGAAGUUGGAUUUUCGGCUGUACGAGAAGUUCGAAGGGCAUAUGUUAAUCAAUUACUACCUCUCCGGUAUCGAAGAUAACAAUGAAGCGAGGAUAAAGCUGAGCGGACAGGAAUUGAAACUGCUCGCCUGUCAGUUUUGCACUCAUCUACUCGCCGCAGGCGUUAUGCGUCAGUUGCCCGAUAAAGAUGUCGCCCCGUCUAACGUCUUCCGGCCGGACUGUAUUUAUUUCUGGGCGCACUCGGAAGUCCCCGCCUCGCAACCUCAAACCCCGGGUCGAAUAAGCACCGCCUCUUGGCCGCCAGUGUCGCCCGGCGACAAUUUCUUGUCGCCGCUGGACGCGUCUGACAACGCAAUGUGUCUCCUCCUCCCCACAGUAUGCGAACCGGAAGAAGAGAAAAGCAGGGAACUGAGGAGUUCCGCCCGGGACGUCGAAAUCUUGUCGCUUGAGGAGGAGAUCAAAAGCCUGAGGCAGGAAGUCGAAAAGUACAAAACGUUGAUAGAGAUUCAAGCGCUGACCGAAUCGGCUGUCAAAGAUUUCGAAUCGCCCACGGAGGAAAACGUGUCAGAAAUUUGCGGCACAACCAAAAUGGCCGACGCGUGUACUAUGACGACCGAAGUAACGGAACGGACGAAAUCUGUAGAGGCACAAACCGAGUUUUUGGGGAGGAGCGCAGAGUGUAGUACACAAACAUCCCAAGACUGCCUUAACCCAGAAGAUGGUGUUUCCCUCCAGAUAGAGAUUCAAGCGCUGACCGAAUCGGCUGUCAAAGAUUUCGAAUCGCCCACGGAGGAAAACGUGUCAGAAAUUUGCGGCACAACCAAAAUGGCCGACGCGUGUACUAUGACGACCGAAGUAACGGAACGGACGAAAUCUGUAGAGGCACAAACCGAGUUUUUGGGGAGGAGCGCAGAGUGUAGUACACAAACAUCCCAAGACUGCCUUAACCCAGAAGAUGGUGUUUCCCUCCAGGUAACCGAAUCGCCACCUGCCCCUCCUCCAACGCCGCCUCCUCCCCCACCGCCUCCCGUCCCUGGUUCGACAAACGAGCACCCGCCGCCGCCACCGCCUCCCCCGCCGCCGCCACCGCCCCUCUACUCUGGAGACGGACCCGCGCCGCCUCCGCCUCCUCCCCCUUUACCAGGAACGGCGGUUCAACCUCCACCUCCGCCGCCGCCGCCCCCCAUAUCGGGAGGAGGACCUCCUCCUCCGCCACCUCCCCCGGGGAGCGGUUUCGCGCCGCCUCCUCCAUUUCCGGGAACGAAUGGGCCGCAGCCGCCGCCUCCGCCGCCUGGUCCCGCCCCCAUGCCGCCGCCUCCCGUCGGCGGCUGGACACCCCAGAAGGCGGCGAUGAAAAAAGCGCCGAUAAACCCGCCGGUGCCGAUGAAACCCCUAUACUGGACCCGGAUCUUGGUCGCUCAAGCGCCUCAGCCAGACGAAGGGCCAGCAGUGUGGUCCGAAAUCGACGAGGUUCCAAUAGAGACGAUGCCGAAAUUCACGGAGCUCUUUUCCCGCCAGGUGAUCGCGAGAGCACCGACAGUGAAAAAGCAAGAGCAAAGGCCCAAGGUGGAAGUCGUCAAGUUAUUGGACGGUAAGCGAUCGCAGAGCGUCGGGAUCUUGGCUCAGAGCUUGAGGCAGGACUUCCAAGAGAUCGAGAACGCGAUUUACAAUUUUGACACGUCGAUCGUCAGCUUGGAGGCGCUCCAGCAGAUCUACGAAGUGAGAGCUACUCCGGAGGAAUUGCUCCUCAUCAACGACCACCUGGAGACCAAACCGGAGGUGCCUCUCGACAAGCCCGAACAAUUCCUGCACGAUCUCGCGCAGAUAUCCAAUUUCGCCGAGAGGAUCUCCUGUCUCAUGUUCCAGGUGGAGUUCGAGGACGCGAUCACCACAAUCGAUCACACCCUGACCAAUUUCCGAUACACUUGCGAGUUCCUGACCAAUAAUCGCGAACUGAAGAAGGUUUUGGCUUUGGUGCUGACCGUGGGCAAUUACAUGAACGGGGGCAACGUGGUGCGGGGACAAGCCGACGGAUUCGGCCUCGAGAUCCUGUCCAAGCUGAAGGACGUGAAGAGCAAAGAUUCGGGGGUCACUCUGCUGCAUUUCCUAGUGUCGACGUACGUCAAGGGUCGGACUCCGUGGACUAUGGAGCCGCCACUGCCCGUACCGGAGCCGGGCGACGUGCGCAGGGCGCAGGCGCUCGAUUUCGACGAGCUGCGCAAGGAGCUGCAACGGCUGCGCACCCAGCUCGAAGGUUGUCAAAGAAAGACGGAGAAAAUAAUCGCGGAAUCCACCCCGGAUAAUUUGCAACCGUUCAAGGACAAGAUGACCGUCUUCCUGGAAAAAUCGAAGAGUCAGCUGGAGACGCAGUGCGACAACCUGGAGGACGCGCAUCAUCAGUUCGUCGUCACCAUGAAGGUGUACCUGUUCAAGCCGAAAGGGGGCGCUCUGGACGCUUUCGCGCCGUCCGGUUUCUUCGAAUUAUGGUUACCGUUUUGCGUCGAUUUCAAGGAUAUUUUCAAGAAGGAGCUCAUCCGCAUUGAGAAGGAACGCAUCCAAGAAACGAAACGGAAAAGCACGGAAAAGUCGGAAAGGCUGACGGUGAAGGAGAGGGAGAACGGCUUAAAGGCGAAAAUAAAACGGUUCAAGGCCAAACAAGCCCAGGAGGACAGCUGAAACUUUAUUUCCGUUGAACGUUUAUUGGCGACGCCCUGUAUAUACGUUGUUCCCCGUGUAGCCUAAAUUUUACGCAUUUCGUUUUGUAUGAAUAAAUUAUAUA